CCGAGACCCUUAUAGAUUUAAAAAGAGAGGCUGCAUUCUCAGACUGACACUUAUUCAACACUGCCACCGUAAGCAGAUUACUUUUGCGCUUGCCUGUGUCAAAUACGUAGUUCACUUUGCCUCUCCAUCAUGUUUAGGAUGCUGAAACACCACCUCCACCCGGGCAUUUUUCUCUUCUUCAUAUGGCUUUGUCACCUCAUGGAACAUCAAAAAGUUCAAGCUGGGAACUGCUGGCUGCAGCAGGGGAAGAACGGGAGGUGCCAGGUGCUCUACAUGCCCGGGAUGAGCAGGGAGGAGUGCUGUCGGAGUGGAAGACUGGGGACGUCCUGGACCGAGGAGGACGUCCCCAACAGCACGCUCUUUAGGUGGAUGAUCUUCAAUGGCGGAGCCCCCAAUUGCAUACCUUGCAAAGAAACCUGCGAUAAUGUGGACUGUGGCCCUGGGAAGAGGUGCAAGAUGAACAGAAGAAGUAAGCCGCGCUGUGUGUGCGCACCAGACUGCUCCAACAUCACCUGGAAAGGACCCGUCUGCGGCUCAGACGGAAAGACCUACAAAGACGAAUGCGCUCUGCUGAAAGCUAAAUGUAAAGGCCAUCCAGACUUGGACGUGCAGUACCAGGGGAAGUGCAAGAAAACGUGCCGUGACGUCUUGUGCCCCGGCAGCUCCACAUGCGUCGUGGACCAGACGAAUAACGCGUAUUGUGUGACGUGUAAUCGGAUUUGCCCCGAGGUGACGUCGCCUGAGCAGUACCUGUGUGGAAACGACGGGAUCAUCUACGCCAGCGCGUGUCACCUGAGAAGAGCUACCUGUCUCCUGGGCAGAUCUAUCGGAGUGGCAUAUGAGGGAAAAUGCAUCAAGGCCAAGUCGUGUGAGGACAUCCAGUGCAGUGUGGGGAAGAAGUGUCUUUGGGACGCCCGUAUGAGCCGGGGCCGCUGCUCGCUGUGUGAGGAGGCCUGUCCGGAGAGCAGGACGGACGAAGCGGUGUGUGCCAGCGACAACACCACAUAUCCCAGUGAAUGUGCCAUGAAGCAGGCUGCUUGCACUAUGGGGGUGCUGCUGGAAGUCAAGCACUCAGGAUCUUGCAACUGUAAGUAAACACGAAAGAGAAAAAUAUGAAAAGAAUGAGACAAAACAACCCCAACAUCCCUCUCUCCGAAUGAAAGACAAUAUUCCAUGUUGCUUCCCUGACGAAAAAAACCUCCCCUGAAAGUGCCCCCCAUCCCAACUUUCCCCAGAUAACUCCCCCACCCCUCAGCCACACCACCAAGCACAGCUUAAGCAAGCAGAACGGACUUGGGAAUAGAAGAACUUGCAUGAUGUUGUCUUUGUUGCUGGCUUUUGUUCUUGUGUUCUUGUUUUUUUGUUUUUCAAUUCUUCUGCAAAACAAAAACAGAAAGUUGAAUGAAAUGGCAUAAAUAUAUAUCAGAAGACUCGAUUGAAGAGUCUGGGGAAAGCUAACUCGAUUAAACAAUGACAGAUAAUAAAGGAGACUAAUUUUGUUUGCAGUGGAACAAUCCUGAUAUUUAAAAGUUUAGUUAUUGUCAUGCGAGUGACCUGCAUGAGCAGGUUGCCUUAAAUCUCAUGCAGUUUUUUUGUAAUCGGUUGGUAAUGGUUCUUUUUUUAUGAUAGUGGUCAUAUCUUUACAGCUUGUAAGUUCCAUGGUCACAUUUUCUAAUUUCAAGUUAUUGGUGUAUUUGUUUUUUUGUAUUAUAUUUUUCUUUUUGUUACUUUUGGCUGUAAUCAAUCACUUCAAAAUGCACUGCCUCUUGUGACAUACACCACACUGCCAACAUGUUAGUAAGGACAGAACACCUUUAAGUAUAUGAUGUGCAUAAGGUGAUUGUAACAUUGGUGCCAUGUUAGUGAUAAGUAGGAGGGAUUUAACAUAGAUUUUUAUGUAGACACCUUGUCUGUAGACUAGAGCGAUUAAUUUGCUCACAAAUCAGUGGGUUAAACCGUCAAAUUGAACGAUAGCCUCAAGGAAGUAUCAAUUUACAUUCCAAGAAGAGUGUUUGUUUCUUUCUCCUGGCUGAAUACCUUAAUGUAAUGUGCCUAAGGUAUGCAACUGAAUCCAAGGGACCAACUUUAUGAUCACCUCAUGAGCUAAAUAUAAAUGUGAUACUCCACAGUGGGCAGGAUAAGUUAAGGAAGCUCGCUUUUACUUCCCAUUGUCUCAGAAAAACCUAUCCACUGACUCGAAUUGUUCGUGCUGUUUCCAGUGUAUGUGUUGUCCAGAAUAUGUAUCAGAAAUGACAAAUCCAAUCGGAUUGAUGAGGGACUGCCUAUUUUUGUUUUCUUUUUUGUAUUGUCAUUCUCGCUCCUGCUUGUGUGCAUUUAUUUUUUUAAUUUUAAUUUUUUGUCCGAUGUAAAAAGAAAAGGAAAUACCUCAGAACUGUGUUGAUGGCCUCUGACCUGCUUGCUAAGGCCACGCUGUGACACAGAGUCCUCCCUCCCUGUAUGUUUGAGCCAGAAACAGGAAAAAAAAAGUUAAUCGUAGCAACAAAACAAGUGAAUACAAGAACACAAGAGCACUUUUGUGUGUUUUUCUGUGUCUGCUUUCAGGAACCUGCCCCCAAAAGAGACCCGACCCACUGCAACCAUCAGCCCCCAAACCCUCCACCCAGCACCCCCUCUUUAACCCACCUUGUGCGACCCCCUCUCCUUACCUCCUAUUCAGCCCUGUUCUCCAUAAUUUUUCUCAUAUUGCAGCCCUGUUUGCUAGGUUCUUUAAAUGUGAAUUGCAGAAUUAGGGAUGCCUCAGUGUUUGUUAAAAUCACACAUACCUUUCCUCUCAUACAAAUGCAUAUAAACACAUGUACACAUAUACACACACACACACAAAAGAAACAAAAGGGAGACUGUGUGCCAGUUGCUUUGCUGUGCGCUUUUCUUUGAGGACAUUUAUUGAUAUUCUGAGCUGUUGUGGUCCAUAUUCAUACAACAGCUACCGUAUAUUCUCCCACAUAGCCAUUACAGAAGACCACGAGGAGGAUGAGGAAGAUGAGGACUCAGACUACAAGGCCUAUGUCCAUAUAUCUUCUAUACUGGAUGGAUAGGCCCCCAUCACGAGGGGAACAGUCCUAGGGCAAGGAAUCAUGUCCAUACUGUACAUUAUGUGUAUGCUUAUUUAUUUUUUAAAGAAAAAGGAAGUAUACAUAUAGUUCAGUCUGCUAGAUGUUUAUUUAUACUUUUUUGUGUUUUAUAAUUUAUACAUUUACAAUGUCAGGCUUACUAUCUACCAUGAUAUAUUGUGUUACCACUCAUUUCCCCCUCUUUUUUGUUGUUGUCCUUUUAACUUUCUUUUUUUUUAUCAUGAAGAAAUAUAUUUGUCCAAAGAGAAGCAGUGUUAUUUAUUUGUCAUGUUACCGUGUAAGUAUAAGUCCUCUACAAGCUGUAAAUUGCAUUCCCUGAGCUGUACAAAUCUGCUUGUUUCUGUCAGAUCUCUAUCACAGAUGUUUAUGUCACACAUACGUAAAUGCAUGUUUAGGCUGUGUGUUUAUUUAUUGGGAAUAUAUCAAUCAUUUUAUGUACAGAUGUGUUUUCUGGUUUGUUUACAACUCAUAAUAACUGACCAAAGGGAUUCUCUCAAUGGUUUUGCAAAAGAGCAUUGUAAAAGUUGCAACACAGCAGUGAUGAAAUGGAAGAGAAAAAGAGAGCCAAUUGUUUUUCUUUUCUAAUUAUUAUUUGUUACCAUUCAGUCUUUUUCCCUGUAGAUGUGUUUCCACAUUGAGACAAAAACUCUUGACGUUAUUCAAUAGCAUUUAUUUUGUGUCACCACGUUAGAGCAGAGCUAGGUUUCGGAUGAUACUUGAUUCUUUUGGAAACAAUGUGCCAUUAACAUUUCUGUGCUGUCUUCUUGCCAAUGUGCUCAAUAUACUGCUCUCGAAGAGCUUAAAUAGGACUAACGUACUGCAGUACUCCACACUAUAUCAGACUACAUCACUUUUUUUCUUUUUGUUUUUUUUCUCAGAAUGCAUUUUAUUUUCAAACAUCACAAGAGAAAUACAAAAUUCUGUUAUGGAUAUAUAGUUUUGUAUUUUUUAUGUAAAUGUCAUAUGUACAUACAAAGUUUGAUGGUAUUUGUACAGAUAUGAAGAGUGAAACAAUAAAAGUUUUUUUCCUUAU